GAAUCGUUAACACUUGACCUUGUCUGGCCUUCGUCCCGCAACUGUUGUAUUAUUGAUUGAUAAUAAAUAUGGAUGAGAUUAUCCCAGGUCUAUGGCUUGGACCUAUGCCAUUUGCAGAAAAUAUUUCAGUCUUAAAAAGAAAUGGAAUAAUGUCAAUUUUAACAUUAGAUAUCCUGCCAUUAGACUGCAAUGUAUUCAAAGGAUUUAACAUGAAGUUCUUAUAUCUGCGCGACGAGCCAUCCCAGGAUUUGUUGGAAAUUCUUGAAGAUGCUUUAAGCUUUAUUGAUGAAAGUAUAAAAAAUAACUCAAAUAUUUUGGUUCACUGGUAAGCGGAAUAAAUACAUAGUGGUCUAGUUUUUUUAAAUUAAAAACGGGCGAACGGAAUAUAGUGCUAUGGGUGUAUCUCGCAGCGCCAGUGUUGUUGUCGCCUAUCUUAUGCGUCGAAAUCAUUUAUCCUAUGAAGAGGCUUAUAAUAUUGUUUCAAGAAAACGGAGUAUUUUGUAAUUACGGUUUUAAUGAUUGAAUAUUUUAUGGUUAAUUUCUAUUAAUAUUUAGUCCCAAUAAUGGAUUUAUUAAUCAGUUAAAGUUGUUUCAUACUAUGAAUUGGACUGUCAACCGUGAUUCUCCAUUAUUUCAACAAUAUAUAACGAAAAGAACCUUCUCCGUUUUUACGGAUUAUAAUGGUGAUCUUUUAGAAAAUCAAACAGUCUACCAAUUGUACACUACACCUUCAAGUUUUAGAUGUAAAAAAUGCAGACAAGUGUUAUUCAAUUCAAAUCAGUUACGCAUUCAUCAGAAACCGGAGACAACACCUAAUUCUCUCAUAAAUUCUACAAAAUCCAAGAACACUGAUAACGUAUCUAGUGUCUUAAUCAAAGGUGUUUCAUUAAAUAACUCUCCUUUACAAUGUGAUAAAAAUGAAUUGUUCUGUGACCCAUUGGAAUGGACGUUGCACAGUACUAGUGAUGUUCAAGGAAAGCUUUAUUGUCCUGGAUGCAACGCUAAAGUUGGCUCUUUCAAUUGGUGUGGCGAACCAUGUGUAUGCGGCACAUGGGUAGUUCCAGCAUUUCAUUUCAAUCGUAAUCACAUUGAUCGUGUACCAAUACGUUCGAAAAAUAUGAUUACUAUUCCAUCGAAACCUGUAGAAGACAUCAAUCCCUUUGUUACGAAUGCUGAUAUGAAUCAAUCAUAAUCCUAUUCAUUGUAUGUUUCUUCUUUGUAAUAUAUGAGCGCGCAUUCACAUCAAACUGAUAGUUUUCUCAAGUUUCCUCCUCUUUCCUCAAAUACCAUUUAAUAUUUUCAAGAGAUUUAUUUCUUCUAAUUUAUUUGGUUACUAUGUAUAUUUCCUACUUUGUUUUACAAUAGUUGGAUCCAUUCUUUUUAUCAAUAAAACUAGAUUCUGUUUCAUGG